CCAGGAACUCACUCUUCUGCCCUUAAAUCUUCUCGUAAUCAUCUAAUGAGCCGCUCUCAUCUGCUUUAUUUGGCCAUUAGUCUUUGCCGUGUUCUCACCAGUCAACUUGGCCAGUAAUAGUAAGGAGUCAGUCGACUAUUCGGGUCUUUUUACAUUAGACAUCGAUGCUAUCAUUCGCUUAAUCCAACACAGUCACUUUGAUAGCUUUCGUUCUUCUCUUCAUCCUGUGAUCCUAUCUGCGAGGCUGGAUCCUCUUUUUUUCAUAAUGAACGUCAAUCGCGCCAGGGUUCGAAAUGUUUUCAUCUACAAUGGUGCUACAGGCGACCACUUCGGUGGAAUGCGACAGAAUGGAUCGAUAACAGAAGCGGUGUUUCUAUGGAUCCUGAGCCAUAUCCUGCUCAUUACAGAUGCUGAGCUUGAAGUCAAAGCUCGAGCUUCCCAACAGAUCAUCUUACCGACAAGCAACCGCCUUGAACCUGGUGAUUAUGACGUCUACUGCAAUGGCUCUAUUAAGCUCACUAACGAACCCUGGGUGCUACGAAUUCUAUCACAUAGUGUCAGUGGAAGAGAAGAGAGCUUUCGUGAAGGAUUACGUAAACGAGAUGGAAAGUGUGUCCUAUCAGGUUUCGAAAAUCUGAACGCGGAUAUUGGUGACUGGAGCCCCUUUGAAGGAGCCCAUAUUUUCCCGCUUGAAAAGGAGAAUAUAUGGAUUACGCAGAAUUUCGGAAGAUGGAUCACUGAUAUGGACUAUGCGAAUGGAGUUUCGAAGAUAAACAGUUGUCAGAACGGAUUACUUCUACGGCGUGAUCUUCAUACAAUGUUCGACAAUUACCUCAUCUCAGUCAAUCCAGACGACGGCUAUAAGAUUAUAGUAUUCAAUCGUGACAUCUUUGGUCUCGAUGGACGAGUCCUGGAUCCUGUAUGUCGUAAUCCAAGAGACCUGCACCGCGUCUCAGAUGAGUUACUUCGGUGGCAUUUCCGGCAAUCAGUCCUUGCGAACAUGAGAGGCGCUGGUGAGCCUAUCUUUGAACAUGAUUUCCCAGCGGGAACGGAUAUGAUGAGGGAAAUUUAUGAAGGCCCCAGUGCGCAGGAAAGGUUUGAAAUGGAAAUUGCUUCGAGAUUACGCGGAUUCGAGAUUUAGAUGAUGAGGGAGAAGAGACAUUUCCAGAGUGAAAAUUACGUCUGUACGACUUACUGGUCUUAUUUUUUUUUAGCGUGGAAUGGGCAGUCAUAUAAGGAGCUUCAGAGAAGGGAUGGUUAGCAUGAUCCAAAAGACAGCGUCAGGUAUCACCGUUUCUGGCCGCCAGUUAACCAUCUCAUCAUUAGACAGAGUAUAUAUAUUCAUUUCUAUAGGUGAGAUAAAAUUCUUAUUCAGAACUGGCGCUGUCAACAAUGACCGGCAAUAGUCGAUAUUCGAACGAAUUAAGAAACCGGAGAGGUGUGUA